AUGAAAGUCUGUGGAGCUACGGAACUGGAUGCUAUGAAUACCUACAUCGAGAGGGAGGUUCGAAGGAGAGACUUUGUGUUGGCUAGGUGGAACAAGCGAGAGCAAGAGCGCAUUGAAAAGGAAAAUGAAAACAAACGAAUGGCAGGCAUCGCUACUGUGGGGAAACUGUCCGAUGAAGAGAUUCUGAAAAAGUGGAGGGCAGAAUACGAUGUCUACUUGGCUGGUGAGCGGGAGUUCCUACGAGCCCUGGGUCUGUAUCAGGAAGAGGAGGAAGAUACGACGGCAGCCCAACCAGAAGCUGCACCCGCAUAA